UCGUGGCCUGGAAAACUCGUGCUUCUCUCCUUCGGACAAUGCCUUUAAUUACCUCAUUACACUACAGAAGCGAUCAAUAUUGAUCUACUUUAUAGAAAGCGAUCACCAUGAGUGCUGAACAAUAAAUCGAGUAAACGAUGCAAAACCGUUGCUCAACUUGAAAUAACCAAGUUCUGUGUUGUGGUUAACUUGCUCGAGCGUGUCUAACGCGUCAAGAAGCUGUGUCAAGUGCUGCCUCCCUUAGUAGCACGGCUUCAAGGAGAGCCAGAGAAAAAGUGAAGCUGAUGCUGUUUUCCGCUUCGAAUAUUCAAAUGGCCUUAAAGUACUGCUUCCUAAUUCUGCUAACUACGGGAUUCUCCUCUGCUAAUUGGGAACAAUGGUGGACCUAUGAUGGAAUCUCGGGUCCGGACUUCUGGGGAUUGCUCAACCCUGACUGGCAUCUUUGCACGAAAGGCCGACGGCAGUCACCAAUAAACAUAGAUCCACAGCAUCUUCUCUUCGAUCAUCAGCUACAACCUUUACAAGUCGAUAAAACUAGGGUGAGUGGAAAUUUAGUGAACACGGGUCACGGAAUCGUGUUCCGGGUAUCAGACUCAGAAUCCGAGCCGGCUGUGUUCAUCCGAGGAGGCCCGCUCUCUUACGGCUACCGCUUCUAUGAGCUACACUUGCAUUACGGAAAAUCAGACGACCAGGGAUCCGAGCAUACUAUCGCUAGCAAACAGUUCCCUGCUGAGCUUCAGCUUUUCGGUUUUAACAGUGACCUAUAUGCGAACGUGUCGGAAGCUCUCGAACUGCGUGAAAGUAGCGCAUUGGUGGCUAUUUCGAUUCUGGUCCAAUUGGCUGAAACGCCCUCACCAGAGCUUCGCGUACUGACUUCACCGCUGCGAAAAAUUGUAUAUCGAGGGCAAGAAGCGAUAAUCCAGCAUUUAUCUGUCAAGGAGCUGCUUCCAGAUACAACGGAGUAUAUGACGUACGACGGAUCUCUAACAAUGCCCGGCUGUUAUGAAACCGUUCGGUGGAUAGUCAUGAACAAACCCGUGUACGUGACCAAACAACAACUUUAUCUCUUGCGCAAGUUAAUGCAAGGUGACGACGCCAAUCCCAAGGCGCCAAUGUGGGAUAAUUUUCGACCGCCUUUGCCACUCAACCGCCGCGUCACGUGGACCAAUAUAGACUUUCAUAACAACAACAAAGUCCGCAUUGGACAAAAGGGAAACAAUUGUCCUCAAAUGAAACGCGAAACAGGAUAUCGAGUUAACCCCAAAUACAUCGAGCCUGUUACCCUGGAGGAUCUGGACAAAGAGUUACUGUAACUCACAAAAAGCGUACUAUAUAAUUCCAAUAAGUGACUAUGCCUGUGAAGUUACGAUGUGUUGCAAGUGUUAUAUAAUGAGAAGUGCUGUAUAUUUAUAACAAAUUUAAGAGCACAUAUUUGAGCGCAAUAUUUAAAAUUCCCUAGUUGUCAAUUAUAAAAGUUCGUGUACAUAUGAUCCACAUCACCUGUUCAA